CACAAGCAUCAGUCCUGAGCCUCAAUUUAGAAGCAGUCCUCAUGCAGUCCUCAAGGUACUGACCGCCUGACUGAAAAGCCACCAUGCAGACAGCCCAGAGCUCUUGCCCUGGCAGCCCCCCAGAUACUGAGGAUGGCUGGGAGCCAGUCCUGUGCAGGGGAGAGGUCAACUUUGGAGGGUCUGGGAAGAAGCGAGGCAAGUUUGUGAAGGUGCCAAGCAGUGUGGCCCCCUCCAUGCUCUUUGAACUCCUGCUCACUGAGUGGCACCUGCCAGCCCCGAACCUGGUGGUGUCCCUGGUGGGUGAGGAACGGCCUUUUGCUAUGAAGUCCUGGCUUCGGGAUGUCCUGCGCAAGGGACUGGUGAAAGCAGCUCAGAGCACAGGCGCCUGGAUCCUGACCAGUGCCCUCCAUGUGGGCCUGGCCCGCCAUGUUGGACAAGCCGUACGUGAUCACUCUCUGGCUAGCACGUCCACCAAGGUCCGUGUGGUGGCCAUCGGAAUGGCCUCUCUGGAUCGAAUCCUUCACCGUCAACUUCUAGAUGGUGUCCAGGAAGAUACUCCCAUCCACUACCCAGCAGAUGAGGGCAGCAUUCAGGGACCCCUCUGCCCCCUGGACAGCAAUCUUUCUCACUUCAUCCUUGUGGAGCCAGGCGCCCUUGGGAGUGGGAACGAUGGAUUGGCAGAGCUGCAGCUGAGCCUGGAGAAGCACAUCUCUCAGCAGAGGACAGGUUAUGGGGGCACCAGCAGUAUCCAGAUACCUGUCCUCUGCCUGCUGGUUAAUGGUGACCCCAGCACCCUAGAGAGGAUUUCAAGGGCAGUGGAGCAGGCUGCCCCAUGGCUGAUCCUGGCAGGUUCUGGGGGCAUUGCUGAUAUACUCGCUGCCCUGGUGAGCCAGCCUCAUCUCCUGGUGCCACAGGUGGCUGAGAAGCAGUUCAGAGAGAAAUUCCCCAGCGAGUGUUUCUCUUGGGAAGCCAUUGUACACUGGACAGAGCUGCUACAGAACAUUGCUGCACACCCCCACCUACUCACAGUGUACGACUUCGAGCAGGAGGGUUCUGAGGACCUGGAUACCGUCAUCCUCAAGGCACUUGUGAAAGCCUGCAAGAGCCACAGCCAAGAAGCCCAAGACUACCUAGAUGAGCUCAAGUUAGCAGUGGCCUGGGAUCGCGUGGACAUUGCCAAGAGUGAAAUCUUCAAUGGGGACGUGGAAUGGAAGUCCUGUGACUUGGAAGAAGUGAUGACAGAUGCCUUAGUGAGCAACAAGCCUGACUUCGUACGCCUCUUUGUGGACAGCGGUGCUGACAUGGCAGAGUUCUUGACCUAUGGGCGGCUGCAGCAGCUUUACCACUCUGUGUCCCCCAAGAGCCUCCUCUUUGAACUGCUGCAGCGUAAGCAUGAGGAGGGGCGGUUGACACUGGCUGGCCUGGGUGCCCAGCAGGCCCGGGAGCUGCCCAUUGGUCUGCCUGCCUUCUCACUCCACGAGGUCUCCCGUGUACUCAAAGAUUUCCUGCAUGACGCCUGCCGUGGCUUCUACCAGGAUGGGCGCAGGAUGGAGGAGAGAGGGCCACCCAAGCGGCCUGCAGGCCAGAAAUGGCUGCCAGACCUCAGUCGGAAGAGUGAAGACCCUUGGAGGGACCUGUUCCUCUGGGCUGUGCUGCAGAAUCGUUAUGAGAUGGCCACAUAUUUCUGGGCCAUGGGCCGGGAGGGUGUGGCUGCUGCUCUGGCUGCCUGCAAGAUCAUAAAGGAAAUGUCCCACCUGGAGAAAGAGGCAGAGGUGGCCCGCACCAUGCGUGAGGCCAAGUAUGAGCAGCUGGCCCUGGAUCUUUUCUCAGAGUGCUACAGCAACAGUGAGGACCGUGCCUUUGCCCUCCUGGUGCGUAGGAACCACAGCUGGAGCAGGACCACUUGCCUGCACCUGGCCACUGAAGCUGAUGCCAAGGCCUUCUUUGCCCAUGAUGGUGUGCAAGCAUUCCUGACCAAGAUCUGGUGGGGAGACAUGGCCACAGGCACACCCAUCCUACGGCUUCUGGGUGCCUUCACCUGCCCAGCCCUCAUCUACACAAACCUCAUCUCCUUCAGUGAGGAUGCCCCGCAGAGGAUGAACCUGGAAGACUUGCAGGAGACAGACAGCUUGGAUAUGGAAAAAAGCUUCCUAUGCAGCCAGGGUGGCCAAUUGGAGAAGCUAACAGAGGCACCAAGGACUCCAGGCAAUCUAGGCCCACAAGCUGCCUUCCUGCUCACACGAUGGAGGAAGUUCUGGGGCGCUCCCGUGACUGUGUUCCUGGGGAAUGUGGUCAUGUACUUCGCAUUCCUCUUCCUGUUCACCUAUGUCCUGCUGGUGGAUUUCAGGCCACCACCCCAGGGGCCAUCUGGAUCUGAGGUUACCCUCUAUUUCUGGGUGUUCACACUGGUGCUGGAGGAAAUCCGACAGGGCUUCUUCACAAACGAGGACACACACUUGGUGAAGAAGUUCACUCUGUACGUGGAAGACAACUGGAACAAGUGUGACAUGGUGGCCAUCUUCCUGUUCAUUGUUGGUGUCACCUGUAGAAUGGUGCCCUCGGUGUUUGAGGCCGGCCGGACUGUUCUGGCCAUUGACUUCAUGGUGUUCACACUUCGGCUCAUCCACAUCUUUGCUAUUCACAAGCAGUUGGGUCCUAAGAUCAUCAUUGUAGAACGGAUGAUGAAGGAUGUCUUCUUCUUCCUCUUCUUCCUGAGUGUGUGGCUCGUGGCCUAUGGUGUGACCACUCAGGCCCUGCUGCACCCCCAUGAUGGCCGCCUGGAGUGGAUUUUCCGCCGUGUGCUCUACAGGCCUUACCUGCAGAUAUUUGGGCAAAUCCCUCUGGAUGAAAUUGAUGAGGCCCGUGUGAACUGUUCUCUUCACCCUCUGCUGCUGGAAAGCUCAGCUUCCUGCCCUAAUCUCUAUGCCAACUGGCUGGUCAUCCUCCUGCUGGUUACCUUCCUGCUCGUCACUAAUGUGCUACUUAUGAACCUUCUGAUCGCUAUGUUCAGCUACACAUUUCAGGUGGUGCAAGGCAAUGCAGACAUGUUCUGGAAGUUUCAACGCUACCACCUCAUCGUUGAAUACCACGGACGACCAGCUCUGGCCCCGCCCUUCAUCCUGCUCAGCCACCUGAGCUUGGUGCUCAAGCAGGUCUUCAGGAAGGAAGCCCAGCACAAACGGCAACACCUGGAGAGAGACUUGCCUGACCCUUUGGACCAGAAGAUCAUUACCUGGGAAACUGUUCAAAAGGAGAACUUCCUGAGUACCAUGGAGAAACGGAGGAGGGACAGCGAGGGGGAGGUGCUGAGGAAAACGGCACACAGAGUGGACUUGAUUGCCAAAUACAUCGGGGGGCUGAGAGAGCAAGAAAAGAGGAUCAAGUGUCUGGAAUCACAGGCCAACUACUGUAUGCUCCUCUUGUCCUCCAUGACUGAUACACUGGCUCCAGGAGGCACCUACUCAAGCUCUCAGAACUGUGGUCGCAGGAGUCAGCCAGCCUCUGCUAGAGACAGGGAGUACCUAGAGGCUGGCUUGCCACCCUCAGACACCUGAAAUGGAGAAACCACUUGCCCUAGAGCCCCAGACCUGGCCAAGUUGAGCUUUUGGGUCACAUCAACCUUCCCCUACUCCCAGCAUCCUGGAGAAAUGGUCUUCAAGACCUUGCUCUAGACCACUUCUUGGACAUCCUUUCUAUGAAAAUGAAACUCAUGUCUUUGGCAUCUAUCUGGGAGCCCCAGAGGUAUUCUCUCCAGCAGGGGAAGCUUUUUCAUGUCCUACCUAAAGCUUUCACCAGCUUGGACUGGACAGCUGGAAUCGGCCAAGUCCCACACAGGAGGACACCAUCUGCCUGGAUGGGGCUACUUAGGUCUAGCCUCUGUCUUACCCUGAGUUCCUAAGAAGCCAACCUCUUAAACACUAGAGGUUUCCUUCUUGUCCUCUAACCCAUUCCUCAACAGCCAACCAGCUUCUAGAGGGCAAGACUUGGAUCUACUGUAAUCAACUCCCAUUUUUCAGCCCCCACGGCAUUAUUUGUGUGAUCAUUCUGGUAUGUACCCCAAGACACUGCUCAAGGGUACCCAAUGCUAUUUUAAUUUCUAUAAAGCCUGCAGAUCUCACCACAACUCAACUAAACUGGACCACAGGGGUGGCUAAACCAACAUUUCAAACAUCUGGGGAACAUGGAGGGUUAUCUGACCCAAUGAAUGGCAUCUCCAUUCCUUCCAUUGUUCCUCAAACUAAAUGACCACCCAGGUCCUUUUUAGGGGAACUCAGAGAAUGGGGACUACAGAGGCUGGGGCAGACCUGAUGCUUAGCAGGCCAGGCUAGCUAACCUGGUCCAAGUCCAUGGCUUCCACAUGAAAUACUCAUGCAUCCUUGCUG